CCUGAGUCCACUGGCUGUGGUGCUGAAGCGGCGCAUGCCGGGGGCUCGAGCGCAGACACACAAUCGAAGGCAUCCUCUCGCGCGAUAGUCAAAAAUAGAUAGAAGAGGGCUUGCAAUUCAGGAAUCAGUUCGUUUCAGCAUUGGCAUGUCUGGCCAAUUAUUUGUGAUUUUUAUAUAAAAUACAAUUUACGGUAGUCUGAAUUUGUGUAAGCUGUUUUGAUAGCUUAUUGCCUAUUUGCGCGGUGCGUGCUAGGUUUUUAUUCUCUCGCUCUCAUCUGUAUUGUUGUUGCCUGCCUGUCUCGCGCGUUCUUUAUGCACAGCACGCCGCUCCAGUCCUCUCGGAGUAAAUAGACCUUCGUCGGAACAGCAUGGCCCGGUCCAGUCGCGGCCACUGAGAGAGAUGGAAGCAAAACAGCACUCCAUAAAGAGCCUAAAGAGCUACCCAGAGGCGGGGGGCCGGAGCCUGGCGGGGGACGUCGGCGUUGGAGGAGGGUGUCUUGCCGGCUCGGCACAGAUGGAGAUGGAGGCAAACAUACAGAAAUCCAUUGACUUCAAGGUGGAGGGUCACCGCUGCUACAAGGAGAAGAAAUUCCGGGAAGCGAUAGGGAAAUACCACCGGGCUCUGCUGCAGCUGAAAGGGGUGCAUUUAGUGGAUGAAAGCACGGACUCCGAGGUCAACCUCCUGAGCCAAGCCGCGGUCAAGCUGACGGAAGAGCAGCGGAGAACCGUGGAGAUCACGGAGAUCGAGUGCUACGACAGCUUGACAGAUAAGGGAAAGAAACCCGCUGAAUGGAGAACGGAAAAAGACACAAAAACACUGGCGUGCCUGUUGCAGUCCGAGCUGGUGAACUAUGAGCGUGUGAAGGAGUACUGCCUGAAGGUGCUAGGCUACCAGAGGGACCACUUCAAGGCCAUGUACCGCGCUGGCAUCGCCUGCUACCACCUGGGAGACUACGACUGUGCCCUGCGCUACCUGCGUGACGCCAAGCACCGUGAGCCCUCAGACACAAACGUGCUGCGGUACAUCCAGUUGACGGAAAUGAAGAUGAAUAGGGAGGGUCAGCGGGAGCGGGAGAGCGGCAAAGAGGCCCUUGGCUAACCUUUGACCUUUUGGCCUCUCUAUCACUAUGGCCUAUGCUACGACCCAUCCUACGUCACCUCUCCUCUCUGACCUCCUCUCCUCCUUUAUGGAGCCCAGUCCCAUUGAUGACUGGCCCGAGCGAUGCGCCUCAACCAUGUAAAAGAACAGGGCAGAAAAAGCCCUGUCUCUCUCCCUCUCUUUCUCCUCCUUUUCUCCCCCUCCAGGCGCUGUUGUUCUGUACCCCAGAUGCAGACUGUCAAACCAAGAAAAAACGAAGCAGAGGGAAAUACUAUACUAUACUCAUACAAAACAGUCAUGGUUGUUCGAAUGAAAAAAAAACUGCUUAAAAAAAUAUAUGAUCAAAGACAAUUGCGUAAUUUAGAGAAGGUGUAAAAAAAAAAGUAAAAUAGAGUAGAAUUUCUUAUUUAUUCUUUCGAUGUGAGGACUGAGGAGAGGUCCAGGGUUGGGAAAGAGACCAGGGGAGGGCAGGGGAAGGAAUUUAGGAGAAAGGAAAUGGUGUAACACAUAUCAAGACCUUAGGCCAAUUCAACUGUACACCCUGACCCUUGCCCUGUCACAAUGGAGGGAGGUCUGAAAGCCAAUGACCCAGACUUGUCCCGGAGAGAGAUUGUCCCCCCAGUACAGUACAGAUCAGGCUAGCUAGCAGGCUACAUCUCUGUCUUUUUCAUACGGAAUAGUCUUCAGACAAGCCGACCUGUGCGCUCAUGUUCAAUCAAUCUUCUUUUUCGUUUUCAGCUUGUAGUACCUUGUCUCUAUUUCUGGACAGUUUUUAAAUUCAAGGGCUAAUUCAAGUGUUUGUAAUUUGUCCUUUGAUCAUUUUUUUGUCUCCUGUUUGAUUUCCAUUGCACUUACGACUAUCGGUUGUUAUGAAGCGAAAUGUGUGUCCUUCCUCUUUCUAAGGAACAGAACAAACUAACUCCCACCGGACUCGCUGUUCCUCUGUUUAACAGGUGUGUUUUUGUGAACUGGUGUCUUGAAUCUGUUGUCCAAUCCCCCUUGGAAUGUGUUGUGUUGUCAGACUGUUACCCCCCCCUCUCCGCUUUCUAGCUAAUGAUGUCACAAUGGAAAAUAGCCAGUGGAACUGAGGUUCUAUCAAGCACCCUUGGCUGCACAGAGUUCUCUGAUUUUUUUUUUUACUCUGAGAUCUACUUCCAGGCUCUUGAUCACUCGUGCUGAACCUUCCCAGGCGUCAGUGACAUCACAAGACACUCUUGGCAGUGUUCGUGCAGGGAAUCCGAUCCCACAUGCUGUAUCCGUCUGAGGUGUAAUCAGCCAUCUCAACCCAGUCAGAUAAAAACAUCAACCCGAGUGUGCCAUUUGAGAUUCCGAAUUUUGUUGUGCAUAUUUUAAUAGAUAUCAGUGUUGCGACAAACAAAGAAAUCGGUUCAGAAAAUAAAUGAGUACAAAAAUCGUUGUCUCCAUAGGCAGAUUACACAACAGUAGUGGUAGACCAAGACAAGGGAGGAUUGUGAUUGGGGCAAGGCCAGAUAAUGACAUAUUAAACAUACAGAACAUCAUACCACUGCAUACUUUCUAAAUACCAAUCCCAGUGAUGCUGAAAAAGCCUGAAGGGUUUCUAGCAUUUAUAGAAAUAGAAGUAGACGUACCUGCCCUGUUCUAAAGGAGAGGUUUGAGUUGACCUUAAUUCCGCAAUCUAUUACCGUGUAACCCAGUUUCCUUCACCCUAUGUGCAAGCCAAGCCCCUGCAUGGUAAUGUGUGGCUCAAAGGGGAAGCCAUUUUGGAUGUCAGGGAUAAUGUCUGGUUCAUUGCUUUCUAUAACAGGGCAGGUUGCUCCCCCUGUCCAAUGUAUCCCGCUAAUACCCUCUAUGCUCCCUGCAAACGUAGAAUGGGUUAAUGGAGUAGUCGGCGGCAUAGCCUGAAAAGGACCUCGGUAUCUUGUGUCUCGCAUCGGGUCAUUUUCUGAGACUUAUAUGGUCCAGUGCAGAAAGAAAUGAAGGUCAGCAGCAGUGGUCUGCCUUGGCCAAGGUGAGGAGACGAAUUCCAGAAGGACUUCAGAGGAGUGGAUAAUACAAGACCACAACGAUAACAGAUCUCAUCAUAAGCCUGUGGCCUAAUAUGAGGGACAUUGGGACCAAAGUGCAUCAAUAAGAGGAGGCUGUUUAGGGGAGGACGGCUGAUAAUGAUGUCCGGAACGGUGGAAACCAUGUGUUUUGACGUAUUUGAUACCUUUCCACUAUUCUGCUCCGGCCAUUACCACGAGCCCGUCCUCCCCAACUCAGGUGCCACCCAACCUCCUGUGGUGUCAAUGGGACUCUGGAGAGGCAGCAGCGUGAUGCCUGGAGCAAAUUUGUGUGAUCCAGAGACGCGCUCCACUGUAGAGGGAAAUGGGCCAGCAGCACCAGUAACACAGCAGGAGCACAGUGUCACUCUGAAACUGUGGAGAUGGGAUUAUGGUAAAGCAGCGUUGUGAAGAGGUUCGGGGGGAGGUUUACACCUUGGUACAGAAACACCGCGUGGAAAAACCCAGAGGCACCAAGAACUCUCUUUCUUUCUCGCGCUCUCUAUUUCUCUCUCUGAUUCUCAUUCUCUCCACCUCUUCCCCUCUCUCCAGAUCUCUCUCCAUACCUCAAUCUCAAUUUAAAUUCAAAUUGCUUUAUUGGCAUGACGUUUCAAUGUCCAUAUUGCCAAGCCUACUUUGCAAAUGGAUAUAUAUUUAACAAUAUUAACAUCAUAAACAAAAUGUAAGAAUAAUCAUCCGGAUUGUCAAUGAAAUAUACACUGAGUAUACCAAACAUCAGGGCAUGGACUCUACAAGCUGUCGAAAGCGUUCCACAGGGAUGCUGGCCCAUGUUGACUCUACAAGGUGUCGAAAGCGUUCCACAGGGAUGCUGGCCCAUGUUGACUCUACAAGCUGUCGAAAGCGUUCCACAGGGAUGCUGGCCCAUGUUGACUCUACAAGGUGUCGAAAGCGUUCCACAGGGAUGCUGGCCCAUGUUGACUCUACAAGGUGUCGAAAGCGUUCCACAGGGAUGCUGGCCCAUGUUGACUCUACAAGGUGUCGAAAGCGUUCCACAGGGAUGCUGGCCCAUGUUGACUCUACAAGGUGUCGAAAGCGUUCCACAGGGAUGCUGGCCCAUGUUGACUCUACAAGCUGUCGAAAGCGUUCCACAGGGAUGCUGGCCCAUGUUGACUCUACAAGGUGUCGAAAGCGUUCCACAGGGAUGCUGGCCCAUGUUGACUCUACAAGGUGUCGAAAGCGUUCCACAGGGAUGCUGGCCCAUGUUGACUCUACAAGGUGUCGAAAGCGUUCCACAGGGAUGCUGGCCCAUGUUGACUCUACAAGCUGUCGAAAGCGUUCCACAGGGAUGCUGGCCCAUGUUGACUCUACAAGCUGUCGAAAGCGUUCCACAGGGAUGCUGGCCCAUGUUGACUCUACAAGCUGUCGAAAGCGUUCCACAGAGAUGCUGGCCCAUGUUGACUCUACAAGCUGUCGAAAGCGUCAAAAACGUUCCACAGAGAUGCUGGCCCAUGUUGACUCUACAAGCUGUCGAAAGCGUUCCACAGGGAUGCUGGCCCAUGUUGACUCCAAUGCUUCCCUCAGUUCCAUGUCAAGUUGGCUGGAUGUCCUUUGGGUGGUGGACCAAUUCCUGACACACACAGGAAACUGUUGAGCCUCAAAAAUCCAGCGGCGUUGCAGUUGUUGACACAAACCGGUGUUCCUGGACCUACUACCAAACCCCGUUCAAAGGCACUUACAUUUUCUGUCUUGCCCAUUCACCCUCCGAAUGGCACACAUACACAAUCCAUGUCCCAAUUAUCUCAAUGCUUAAAAAUCCUUCUUUAACCUGUCACCUCCCCAUCUCCACCGACUUGAAGUGGAUUUAACAAGUGACGUCAAUAGCUUUCGCCGGAUUCACCUGGUUCCGUCUACGUCAUGGAAAGAGCAGGUGUUCUUAAUGUUUUGUAUACUCAGUGUAUAUCUCUCUGUCUCUUACUCUCUCAACCUCACCACUGUGCAGUAGUGUUGUAUUGGUUGGUCCCUAUGGCUGGCUGAGCUGGGCCUACUCCCACAUGGCCCUAUAGGGAAUCUCCCCAUGGUCCUAUCUCCAAGGCAUCCAUCCACCAUCCUGUUGUUAUCCCAGUGUGCUGAGUCAUUAUCGCUCCGUGUCUAUGGUUACUGUCUACACAUAAAAACAGGUCAGGGCUAAGUUCUUCCCACCCCUGCCCUAACAUGACCCAUUAUGAGAUAAACAAAGGAAUGACCCUGGACCAGUUAUUGUGGGAAUAAUGUUACAACGUGCUGUCUGUGCAAAUAUAGAUAGAGAGAGACAUCGUCUCUUUAGCCUUCUAGUUCUGAAAAGACACGGCAAAAAGCACAAACUAAAGUGGUAAAGUAAAUACGGGCCGUUUUUCUUCUCUUUCCUUUGAUGUCAUUGAGGUACAUGUUUGUCAAAUGUCAGUCGUUUUUUGUGCUUACGAAACAAUUGUGAACAAAAUACGAAACUGAAAAGAAAAACGAAUGGCUGUUAAAAGCUUUACCUUAUUGAGUAAUUUUAUCAAUUGAUGAGAACGCAAGUGAAGGGGGAAGUGAGUUUUGUGUAGCUACACCACAGGCUCUCUGUCACGGUGUCUCUGUGUGUAGAUGUUAAGUAGGAUUUGUUGUCCCCUGUUUUUGGGAAAGUCCAUACCCAACUCUUAAGAGUUUGUGAACCCCACAAAGUGACAGUGGAUCUCGUUGAAGAAAGUGGGCGUUGGAGAACCGAACCAGUUACACAGUAGAAGUUAUUUAUGAGCUACAGCAACGAAGAACUCCGCUAAUCUGUUUUCCUUUCCUUUUUCCUCGUUUGCUUGUACCGGAGAGUAUGACUUGAUGAUGAGUACAUCGUGGUUAGAACUACAUUUUUUUCCCCCAUUGGACCAGGUGAGGAAACGUCCAUUCAAUAUUCCAAAUUCAAAACAUUGGAGGACAUGAUAACUGGUUACAUUGAACUGCUAGCCCGGGAAUGCACUAUUGAUUGGUAAAUGAAGACUAUAAAUAAAGUUGAAAAUGAAAUUGUG